CUUCUGCGGCCUCUCACUACGCUCCCACUCUCGGCCCCGUCCUGCACCCAGCACGCAGCCUCCGACACUCCAAGCGGUGCCAUCGCCGCCCAUAUCCUCAGCAGAGCCUUGCUGGUACCUCGACACACAUCCUCUGCCCCCUCUCCUCUCUGCCCGCUGCCCACAUCUUCGCUUCGAGACAUCCAAAGCCUCCUGGAAAUAGUCACACAGAGCUUCAAACUCUCGCCAGCAACCACCUCCUUUGAUCCGCCCAACCAUCCACUUUCCGACCAUUGUGCUUGUAGUCAGGAGACAGCAGGCGUUGUAACCGCCCCGGAAACACGCUAGCCAUAUAAUCUCGUUCGAUUUCCGCCCUUUCGCCCUUUCAUGGCAUCUAAACGUUCAUAUAGACGACAAAAGCUAUCUCAAACUUUGUCAUCGUCUUCAUUCCCAUCAAACUCCAUGAAGAUGGAAGAUUCUUGGCGCGCCGUUCCCGAGAUUCCCAACCCCUCCCAGCCGGAUGGCGACAGCGAUGGAGGGUACUCUACUGUCCUCCUGGUGUUCAUACCAGUACUAGUCGUGGUACUCACUGUACUGCUGGGCCUCGUAGUCUUCUUGGUGGCCGUCUUGUUUAUGCGUCGUAGGAGAGGCAUCAGAUUGUUAGAAGAUGGCGGACCAUUAGAUCUUUCCAAAGGCGAUGGAGUGUUUGGGGAAGGCGGAACAGAGGGCGUUGAAGCAAGGUGGCUAGAGACUGUCGACCCCGAUAUUCGAGAGGCAUACAACCGCGCCAAAGACUGGCAAGCACAAUUCCCGCCCACGUCUAUACCCACCGACAUCACACUAUCACAAUUUCUCUCUAUCCAGGAAAAGGGCGUCUCUGCUUGGGCGUUUGAACCGAAUUACGAGGAGAACCUCUCCCUGUAUGUUCAGUCCCGUACCGAGAUCACCUUUCUUUCCGAUGGUCCCGGCAUGCCCGCUCGCGAGGGGGGAGGAAACUCUGUCAUGGCGAACCUUCCCCUCCCCAAGCUCAACGAGGUCUAUUACUGGGAAGUAAAGCUGUACGAAAAGAACCCCAAUACGGAGAUCGCCAUCGGGCUCGCUACCAAGCCCUUCCCCUCCUUCCGGCUGCCCGGCUGGAACAAGCACUCGGUCGCGUACUUUGCGUCCGAUGGAUUCAAAUCGCACGACUUUCCCUUCACUGCUUCCUCCUACGGCCCUCCACUAGCCGAAGGCGAUGUGCUUGGUGUCGGAUAUCGUCCUCGGACUGGUACGGUCUUCUUCACCCGUAACGGUCGAAAGAUGGACGAUGCCUACACUGGUCUUCAACGAUUGAACCUCUUCCCUACUGUCGGUGCCAACGGCCCUUGUACGCUUCACAUUAAUCUGGGACAAGCUGGAUUCGUCUUUAUUGAAGCAAAUGUCAAGAAGUGGGGUUUGGCGCCCAUGGUGGGAACCCUUGCGCCUCCUCCAGCUUACGGCAGUGAGCGAGGGUCGAUCUUGCUUGAAUCUGGAUACGGCACCCCUGGAGCGGAUUCCUCUGGAAGCCAUGCGGGGAUGGGGGCAUUGCUGGAAGCUGCCAGAAACCGGGGUAUCCCGAGUUAUGCGUCCGGAUCGCCUGGACCAUCCUCCUCGUCGGCCAUGUAUGCCUCUGGUGGGAGUGGGAGGACGAGGAGACAUCGCCACCGCCGCCCUGGGCCUGAAAACCAUGUCCCUAGUCCCCUACGGCCAGCUGACGAGAGCGCCGAAGACGUGCACUUGUCUCAGAGCUCGGGGUCUUCUGUUUCAUCUCACGGACUGAGCUACGAGUCGCCCACCGAUGCUCCCGUUCCUCAAACUCGUGUUCCACCUCCAGCUGUCGAGUCCUCUUCCUCUGCGUCGUCUCAAUCUGGAUCGUCGGACGGUGGUAUGAACACGCCGAGGCGCGAUCUAGGGCGCGAACAAUCUCCUAUCGAACACAACCCUCCCACUCCCAACCUCCUCGACAUUUCCAUGCACAGCCUCCGUGGCGGGAACUAUUUCCCUCCCGAAUUCACCUCGGAAGACACCGAGUCUGAUACCACUCCUCAACCACGCUCUCCUGUCACACCCGCCGAAAGCGAAAGACGCGAGGGCCCGCCAGUGGUGACGAGGCUUCCUGGGCCAGACUCGCCACCUCCACCUGGAUAUGCGCCGCUGGACCCGCACGUCUAUGCAAACGGGCUGCCGGCGGAUCUGCCCGAGGAGAUGGUGACACAGGCUAUUGCUGCUAUGAGCGAGGCGUAAGUCGUCAGCUACAUACAAGGAACUCGAUCUGACUUGUUCACAGCGAGAACAGGGAGCAAGCUCAGCAACGAGCGCAACAAGGAGAGAGUGAAGGGGAGGAUCAUGGAUCUAGAUGGUUCACCUUUGGAAGGUCAUGAUGGAGCGCAUCUUUGCGAUCCUCUAUAUGACCUUCCGUUUCGUAUCGCUUUUCAUUCUUCAUAUUCUUAGCAUCUUACGUACAUCCAUCAUCGUUACACUGUUGGUAUAUUAUCUUUUCAACUCUCAGGAUUGUAUUUGGCACAAUGAUGCACGUUGUGUAAUUCCGCUGUUUGACUGUCGUGAAAGAGCUGC